AUGGCUAAAGUGAGGAAUGUCAUAAAUUUUACCACUUUGAUCGACGAUAUGAAUGUUUCUACGACCGCAGCGGCAUUGACUAUGCCUGAAUACGUAAGAUUAUAUUAGGUGCUGUCGAUAAAUUGUUGCGAAUUUCAGUUGUACAUGACAUAUAAUGGAGCUGGCGUAAAGCUUCGAUUGUAUCUCCCCAGUGUCAUUUUAUUCUCCAUAAUGCUGCUGGGGUACUUUGGCAACAGUUUGGUAAUUCUGGCUACCAUAAAGAAUAAGUAAGCUAAGUCAUUUAUAUUAUUUGUAUGGCAUAAAUUCAUCCCUAUUUUUAGAAAUCUGCACGGCUCUUGUAACUUCUUUCUGGCCUUUGGCUGCUUCUCUGAUAUUUUCCACGCCUCUGCCCAUUGGAUUUACCUCUAUACGACCGCAAUCUCCGGGCAGAAUUUCAUCCCCUACUCUACCUGUUUAUGGUUCCAAACAGUUCCUCAGUACUGUCUGACCGUCAGUAUAAUCAUGACCUUAUGCGUGGGAAUCGACCGUUUCUUUUCUGUCAGCAUGCCCAUUCCUUAUGGUGCAACUGAUAAGAGAUUUGUUGUGGCUGGGGGAGUGGGGGCUGCGCUCUUAUUGGCCAGUUAUUUUUACGUCAUGUCAGUGCUUUAUGCGUUGUCGGAUGAAGGAGAUACGUGAGUUAAGCGUCUCUUCAAAGCAUCUGACAAUUACUGCGACUUAAAAUGAUAUAAUUCUUCAGCCCAGUUCUAUGUGUGAUUGUAAACAGUUUCGGCGGUGCCGUCGCCCUUCAAUGGUUUUAUUUCUGCGUCGUGAUCAAUAUCCUCGACCUUAUCAUCUACACCAUCGUCUGGCUCUUCCUCAGAUUCAAAGCAGGGAUGUCAGAUGAAAGUAAAAAAGUUUUCCGAUCCCUGUUUGUGAUCAUGUUAACAGUCGCCUUUGGAUGGUUGGCUAAUGCCUUUGUCCAAGCUGUAAUGGUCCCUUUAUUUGUACCUGUCAGUCUACAGUAUGACGUCAUGUGUUACUGGGGGAUUCCUGUGAAUCUGGCAAGUGCUGCGGGAUUCGUGACUUUAUAUUUAUUCAGGUAAGUUGGCUUACUUUUUGCUUAAAACAGUGCUUCGUUCUGUGAUUUUACUUACACUACUUCAGCCAAGAGUAUCGGACGACAUUUCGCCGGAUCCUCCGUCUAAAAGAACAGACCAAAAAGAAUGCCCCUGUGUUUACAGCGUCAGCUAUGUCUUCAAAGAGUGUUUAA